AUGCCUGGGCACCCUGCCUUGAAACGCUAUGGUUGGAGGGCGGACGAUGAGGAGCCCAGUUGCCAUAUCGCCUUCCAAAGCCACUCUGAUCAGCCGGCAGCGCUGCUGUGGCUCGAUGGCAAGAAAGCCAUGGAGCUGGCGAAGAUCCCCCCGCAUGGCAGCAUCGCUCAGCUCUCCUAUGACGGACAUCGUUUCCAGAUCCGGGUCGGUGAGCACAGCAGUCGCCCCGUCAGCUGUCGGGCACCGUCCAGCGACUUUGUGAUCACCAAGUCCCUGGAUUUGGUGGAGAUUCCAAGUCCCGAGUGCUGCCAGCAACCCGAUCGUGAGGCUCUUCAGAUGCAAGAGUACUUCGAGGCCCUCCUCCGAUACAUUCCAUAUGUGGAUCAGUGUGAGGCCUUGCGGGAAUUCCUGUGCAGUGUGGAUGUGAGUCAGAUGAGUUGCUUGGCCAAGAACAGAUUAUCCGAGUUCGGAUCCGAACGUGUGGAUCCACGUGGGGAUCCUGGGAUCGAUGCAACGGGGAUAUGCGUCGCGGACUGCGUCGCGUCGCUGCAAGCCAGCUAUGAUGCGCUGCUGGAUUUGGAGCAGGCUCUGGGCCGUGGCGGUCCGGAGAUCUCCGUGGAUGCGCGGCUCAUUGCGGCGCUGCCCCAGCGCGAGGUGGCUUCCUCCCAGUUCGAGCUGUUCAUUCUUGCUGGUACCACUUUGAAUGCAUUGCUCAAUGGAUUCCGCAGAGCAAUACCUGCUGUGCCGCUGGGACGAAUUGGGGGGGCCGAACAGAGCUUGGGGAGAGCCGAGAGGCGUGUUGACCUGGCGGUGCUUCUUUUCGGCCCUGGGAGAGGGGCCUUUGGGGAAUUGGAACAACGGCCUUCCUUCCCCGCGGGCGAAGAGGAGACAGCAGCUCGCCGUGGCGCGCGGCCACGCGAAGGCGACUGGCCAGGGUGCCAUGUGGCGCAUGGGAAGGCUGAUUGGAUCUUGGGAUUGGAGGACUUGCGCUCGGCUGGUCUCCAUGGAGACCUGCCAGACCUCUCGGUGGAUCCGCGCCGGAAGGUCUUGAGUGUGAUCAAUGCUCAGGAUGAAACGAGGUGUUUCUACAUCUCCCUCCUGGGCCACGGCGCCACCGGGCGCCGCGGGCGGCCGCUGGCGCCGGGCCGCAGCUGGAGAGGAACGACCGUCGACGCUGUGACGACCUUGGUGCUCGUGGUGCCGGGCCAGAUGGUGAUGGACGUUUGCCGGGUGAAGGUCAAGGAUGUGCGAUCGUUGGAGCUCCACUCGGAUAUCCUGCCGCUGCCAGCUCCUCCCGAGCGAACACCGCCUGGGAGAAGCUUUGUCUACGACUUUCCACUGGAGGGUGGGCCCUUUCUGUGCUCCCAAGGACAUGGCGGGAGGCUAACGCACUUCGCUCACCCCUCCACUUUUUACGCCUUGGAUUUCGACUGCGCGGUGAACACCGCCGUGUUGGCAAUGGAAGAGGGCGUGGUAACACAGAUCCGCGACAACGAGACGGCUUCAGGAGUCGAUGUGGAGAACUUCUUCAAAUGGAAUCAGAUCACUGUGAAGCAGGUGGAUGGCACUUGGGCUGAAUACGUCCACAUCCAGUCGGCCGCAGUGCCGCUGGGCGCCGCCGUGACGCGGGGGCAACGGAUCGCCAGCAGCGGCGCGGUCGGCUUUUGCCCCACGGCGCACUUGCACGUGGAGCUCCAUCUGUCCGACGCCUUGGAGGCUCCCUCGGUGCCCUUCGGCUUCCGUGGCCAGGAGCAGGACUUCUACUGCCAGCAGGGGCUAUGCUACACGGCCCACGGUGUGUGGAGUGCCAGUGAGGAAGCGCAAGAGGAAAAUGUCCAUAUGCUUCACGGCGAGCGUUCUGUGACCAUGUGGGGGCCAGAUGAGGAGCAGACAGA